GUGGCGGCGGCGGCGGCGGCGGCGUCCUGGGGCUGGAAGGACGGGAACACCUGCCGCGGCUCGCCCGCCGGCGCUGGGCUCUGGAUGCUGUGGGAUGGAGCAGGUGUGCCGAGGGUGAGGACCCACGCUCUGGGAUCCAUUCAUUUGCUGCCUGCCUUAGCAAGAUCGUCAGCUUGAGCAAACUUGGCCCAGGAUGAGGAUGCCUGUGGGCCUCCCGCUGCUGUUCCCCCUCUGGGGGAGGACCUUCCUCCUCUUCCUCCUGUCUGCAGCUGUGGCUCAGUCCCGCUGGCCCAGUGACCCCUCAGAGCCUGUCAGGGACUGGGAGAACCAGCUUGAGGCGUCCAUGCACUCCGUGCUGUCAGACCUGCACGAGGCGGUCCCCACAGUGGUUGGCAUUCCUGAUGGCACAGCUGUGGUCGGGCGCUCGUUUCGAGUGGCCAUUCCAACAGAUCUAAUUGGCUCCAGUGGAGACGUCAUCAAGGUAUCAGCAGCAGGAAAGGAGGCUUUGCCAUCUUGGCUGCACUGGGAUCCGCAGAGCCACACCCUGGAAGGCCUUCCCCUGGACACUGACAAAGGGGUGCACUAUAUCUCAGUGAGUGCUGCACGGCUGGGGGCCAACGGCAGCCACAUCCCCCAGAUGGCCAGCGUCUUCUCCAUCGAGGUCUACCCCGAGGACCACAGUGAGCCACAGUCUGUGCGGGCGACCUCUCCAGACCCAGGCGAGCUGGCGCCCUCUGCCUGUGCUGCCGAUGAGCCUGUGACUGUCUUGACAGUGAUUCUAGAUGCCGAUCUCACCAAGAUGACCCCGAAGCAAAGGCUUGACCUCCUGCACCAGAUGCAAAGCUUCUCGCAGGUAGAGCUCCAUCACAUGAAGCUGGUGCCCGUGGUGAACAACAGACUGUUUGAUAUGUCUGCCUUCAUGGCUGGUCCUGGAAAUGCAAAAAAGGUGGUGGAGAAUGGGGCUCUGCUCUCCUGGAAGCUGGGCUGCUCGUUGAACCAGAACAGUGUGCCUGACAUCCGUGGCGUGGAAACCCCUGCCAGGGAGGGCACCAUGUCUGCCCAGCUCGGCUACCCUGUGGUGGGCUGGCACAUUGCUAAUAAGAAGCCGCCUCUCCCCAAACGUGUCCGACGGCAGAUCCAUGCCACACCCACCCCUGUUACUGCCAUUGGCCCCCCAACCACGGCCAUCCAGGAGCCACCAUCCCGCAUCGUGCCCACCCCAACAUCCCCAGCCAUUGCUCCUCCCACAGAGACCAUGGUGCCUCCUGUCAGAGACCCUGUUCCCGGGAAGCCCACAGUCACCAUUCGGACCCGAGGUGCCAUUAUUCAGACUCCAACCCUGGGCCCCAUCCAGCCUACUCGGGUGCUAGAAGCUGGCACCACAGUUCCUGGUCAGAUUCGCCCAACAGUGACCAUUCCUGGCUAUGUGGAGCCCACAGCUGUUGCUACCCCUCCUACAACUACAACCAAAAAACCACGUGUGUCCACACCAAAACCAGCAACGCCCUCAACUGACUCAACCACCACAACUCGCAGGCCAACCAAGAAACCACGGACCUCCAGGCCAGUGCCCCGGGUCACCACCAAGGCACCCAGCACUAGGCUGGAAACGGCCUCACCACCAACUCGUGUCCGCACCACCACCAGUGGGGUGCCCCGUGGCGGGGAACCUAACCAGCGCCCUGAACUCAAGAACCACAUUGAUAGGGUGGAUGCCUGGGUCGGCACCUACUUUGAGGUGAAGAUCCCAUCAGAUACCUUCUAUGACAAGGAAGACACGACCACCGACAAGCUGAAACUGACCCUGAAGCUGCGGGAACAACAGCUGGUGGGCGAGAAGUCAUGGGUACAGUUCAACAGUAACAGCCAGCUCAUGUAUGGCCUCCCUGACAGCAGCCAUGUAGGCAAGCACGAGUAUUUCAUGCACGCCACCGACAAGGGGGGCCUGUCGGCUGUGGAUGCCUUUGAGAUCCAUGUCCACAAGCGCCCUCAAGGGGACAAAGCACCUGCACGCUUCAAGGCCAAGCUGGCCGGUGACCCCACACCGGUGGUAAAUGACAUCCACAAGAAAAUUGCCCUGGUGAAGAAGCUGGCCUUUGCCUUUGGCGACCGCAACUGCAGCACCAUCACCCUGCAAAACAUCACACAUGGCUCCAUUAUAGUGGAAUGGACCAACAACACGCUGCCACAGGAGCCCUGCCCCAAGGAGCAGAUUGCUGGGCUUAGCCGGAGGAUCGCUGAGGACAAUGGGCAGCCUCGGCCGGCCUUCUCCAAUGCCCUGGAGCCUGACUUCAAGGCCCUGAGUGUUGCCGUCACAGGUUCUGGCAGUUGUCGGCACCUGCAGUUCAUCCCAGUGCCACCGCCCGGUACCCCGUCUUCAGUGACACCCCUCACGGAGGUGCCAGACAGGGACCCCGAGAAGAGCAGUGAGGAUGACGUCUACCUGCACACGGUCAUUCCGGCCGUGGUGGUUGCUGCCAUCCUGCUCAUUGCUGGCAUCAUUGCCAUGAUCUGCUACCGCAAGAAACGGAAGGGCAAGCUCACCCUGGAGGACCAGGCCACUUUCAUCAAGAAGGGUGUGCCUAUCAUCUUUGCUGAUGAGCUGGAUGACUCCAAGCCCCCACCCUCUUCCAGCAUGCCCCUCAUCCUGCAAGAGGAGAAGGCCCCUCUGCCCCCACCAGAGUAUCCCAACCAGAGUGUGCCCGAGACAACUCCUCUGAACCAGGACACUGUGGGAGAGUACACACCCCUGCGGGAUGAGGAUCCCAAUGCGCCUCCCUACCAGCCCCCACCACCCUUCACAGCACCCAUGGAGGGCAAGGGCUCGCGUCCCAAGAACAUGACCCCUUACCGGUCACCUCCUCCUUAUGUGCCCCCUUAACCCACAAGCGCCUGGGUGGAGGCAGGGGUAGGGCAGGGGCCUGGAGACAACGCAAGGUUGUCUGUGGAGACCAGUGGCCCGCAAACCAUUGUCCACCCACCGGGAGCUGACGCCAGACCUAGCACACACUGACACACGGGGCCUGGACAAGCCCGCCCUCUCUGGUCCUCCCAAACCCCCCAAAGCAGCUGGAAAGACUUUGGGGACUUUUUUUAUUUUUAUUUUUGCCUAACAGCUUUUUUGUUUGUUCAUAGAAAAUUCUUCGCUGCGUUUUUGGUGGCUGGCUCUGAAAGCACCAUGUGGAGUAGAGAUAGCUGGGGGGGCGCGAGGAACCGUGAAUGAACUCGCAGGCAGUGCCGGGCAGCCCCCCGGCUCUCUGCGUUUUGCCUUUAACACUAACUGUACUGUUUUUUCUAUUCACGUGUGUCUAGCUGCAGGAUGUAACAUGGAAAACAGUAGCUAAAGAUUAAAUUCAAAGGACUUUCAGAAGU